GAGCUCGGACGAGGGGGGAGCCGAGGUGGGCCUGGAGGACCGCGGGGGAGCCGAGGUGAAUUCCAGCUGCUACGAGUUUGUAAACGGACACGUCAUGUUCAGGGGCUGGUGUGGAGCAGCAGUGGUGACACACCAAGCAGUGCACAGGAGUGUGUGUAGCAGCAGUGGUGAUACAGGAGUGUGUGUAGCAGCAGUGGUGACACACCAAGGAGCGCUCAGGAGCACGGAGGCGAACUGCUGAGGAGAAGAGGGGGGGGGGGGUGAUCCAGCAUUUAUUUUACGCAGGAAGUGAUGCGGGACCCGGCGUGCUGCCCCCGUACGGUUCCUUUCCUGUAGCAGGAUGCGACGCGGUGACGUUCCAGCGAAACUGUCCUUGCUCCUCAUGUGUUUACGCGCAGACGAGAUUACAGGGAAACAGCUUGCCGGGGGCAGGCAGCUGCUGUUUCCUGCGAUUUGCCACGGUAACCUGGGGGACGAGGCUAGGAUGCCGUGGGGGAAAAUUGCGCCUCAGGCCCGACUGCGCCGUACGGGCAACGCCAAUGGACUACCGAAGGCCAGGGACCCCAGCCCCACCGAGAUGAGCGUGGAGCCCUGGGCGCUGGACACUCAGGACCAGGCCACGUCGGAUCAGUGCCCCGAGCCGGAGCAGCCAGACAAGCUGUGCCUCGACUCGUUCUGGAGCGAGGUGGAGACCAUCCGCAGCAGCAGCAGCUUCUCCGAGCCCAACCCCAACCGACGAGAUUCCAAACAGUCCGAAGAGGGUGAGCAGGAGGAGCAGUGGCUUCAGGAUGCGGGCCUGUCUCCUCUGAUCCAGGAGGACGGAGAGGGCGUGGACCAGGUGCUGCUGCUGUCCACCCUGACCCGCACGCAAGCGGCCGCUGUCCAGCGGCGCCUGGACUCCUACACCUGCUCGCUACGCAAGAAGAACAAGCCCCCCCCACGAGACGUGAGGGACAUCUUCAACCCCCCACGCUCACAGGGUCCUCUGACGGAGCGUCAGGAUUCUGAGGAGAAGCAGGAACCUCGGAGAAGCAUGGAGACCAUCUCCAAAACCCCUCUCUCAGAGAGGUCAGUGAGCGUAGACUGUCAGAGUGGACUGCCCAAGGAGGAGAUCUUCAUCACAGACGUGGCGUACUGCGAACAGGCAGCCAUUCUGCUGAAACAGGCCAAGCUGCCGCAGACCACCAGCCAGCGACGCAAAGAUGACGGCACACUUCCAAGAGUCGUCUGCCCCCAGUGCAGGCUAGGCGUGACCCGCAUCCCUGACCUCUCGCAGCAGGACAUGAAGAAGGUCCGCCAGCUCGCCCUCAUCGACAUGACGGCCCUGUGCGACCUGUUGGAACUGGACGUCAAGCGCCACAAGACCGUCAAGAGGAAGAUCUCAGACAGCUCACUCUUUGGGGUCCCUCUGGCAACGUUGGUGGAGAAUGACCAGAAAGUCAAGGCCAACACAAACAUUCCCCUCAUCUUGCAGUCGCUGCUGUCUUUCCUGGAGAAAAAGGGCAUUGACUCUGAAGGGAUCUUGCGGGUCUCAGGAUCCCAAGCCAGAAUCAAGCUCCUGCAGCAGAAGCUGGAGAGCACGUUCUACUCGAGCAACUUCAGCUGGGACGAGGUGAGUCCUAACGACGUGGCGGCGCUCCUGAAGAAGUUCAUCCGGGAGCUGCCCUCUCCGUUACUGACCGCCGAGCACCUCAACACCUUUAACGCCGUCAGGGAUAUCCCUGAUCUGAAGCAGAGGCUUCACGUGCUCAACCUGCUCAUUCUCCUUCUGCCUGAGCCCAACAGGAACACACUCAAGGCUCUGCUGGAGUUCCUGAGUAAGGUGGUCUCGCGCGAGCGCCGCAACCGCAUGAACCUGUGGGCCGUAUCCACCAUCAUGGCGCCCAACCUCUUCCUGCACAAGUCCGUGCCCAGCCGCCUAGACGGGGCCGACAAGGGCCAGGCCGAGCGUGCCGCGGACAUCAUGAGGCUCCUCAUCCGCUACCAGGACCUGCUCUGGACGAUUCCUAAUUUCCUGAUGAGCCAGGUGCGGAAGCUGAACGAGAACAGUAACCGUCGGUACCAGUUCUACGACAAGCGCAUCAAGAACCUGCUGAGAAAGAUCCACACAGACAGCAGGGACAAGCCAGACAAGAACUCCACAGAGCCCUGCCGCACGGUGAAGGUCGAGGUGGGCGGCGCUCUGGGCAGCACCAUGGAGGUGCGUCUCAACAUCAACUCGCGUGCUGCCGACCUGCUGACCCAGUUCCAACGGGAGAUGCACUCCUCCUCCGACAACGGCAAGGGCCCGCUGCGGAGAAACGGAUCAAUGCACCAUCGUGACUACGCCGUCUACGAGGUUGGAGGGAACAUCGGAGAGCACUGUCUGGACCCUGAGACUCACCUGCUGGAUCUGUACAAUAACAACCCCAGCGGGGAGUGGGUGAUCCGACUCCGGCAGCCCACCAGCAGGGGGCUCUGAGCGCCGCGACUCCCCAGCAGCAUAGAGGAGCAGCGGAGCCGAGGAGCCAGCAGCACCACAGCAGGGCUCAGACAAAGACACGCAGGAGAGACAGAGAGAGAGAGAGCCAAGCCUUACUGUUGCUUUCUCUCGUUUAUCUCUGGUUCACUCACUCCUGUUUUGGGCGGAUCUGUGUUCUGGCAGACUUGACAGUCUCGUCUCGUCUCGUCUCGUCUCGUCCGUCUGAGGACCUGACGGCGGCGUCUGCAGCUCGGACUGUCGGCCACAUGCAAAUCCUUUGCUCUGCUCUCCGGCGCUCUACCUGGACGUGAGGUGGACCUCGCGCUCAGUGCUGCCUCACAGACGGGGGGGCAUCGCUGUCUGCCUGCUGCCAUGUUGCCAUGGUAACUCUGGCCUGGCCGUACCCUCUGUUUUCACACCACUUCCCGAGGCAACACUCACAGACAUCUUAAAUAAAACGUGUGUGUGGGUGUGUGUGUGUGUGUGUGUGUGUGUGUGUGUGUAUUGAUUGUGCGUGUGAUUGUUUGUAUGUGUGUAUCUAUAUGUUGAUCUGUGCUUGGAUAGAAAAUGAGGGGACAUUGAUGCGGCAUCCGUGUUUUUGGUCUGUGAUAUUUGUGUUUGUACGAGUGUUGUUGUGUUGUACAUGUUCAGCAUAAGGGACUCUGAUGAACGUUUGUGUUUUGACUCAGUUCUUUAUUUUGAGCCUUCUCAUGGACGCAGUACUCAUAGAAAGAGACUGAAUUUCUGAAGAAAGCUGUCGGACAUGUUUGUGAAGCUGGACUUCUGCUUGCUCGCACUCUCAAUACACUUUGUUUUAAAAUUUCUCAUCUUGCCUGAAGGAUCAAAUCUUUGCAGUAUUGUCCUCCUACAUGUGUACCUAUUUAUCAUUCCGAUGCUCAGUUUGUCACAGACUCUUGCCAUAGAAGCUUCCAGAUGACAUGAUUUGGAAUGUCAUGAUAUAUUAUCCAGUGUAUUUGAACUGUACUCAUCUGGAAGGGAACCUCUCCAGUGUUCUUUCUGCAUCUGUUUUAUAGCUUUAUCACAACAGUACAACUGUAUCUUUACCCUCUUCCCUUCUCUUACUGUACUCUCACACACACACACACACACACACACACACACACACACCACACACACAUGUACACUGAUCAAAACAACUAUUUUAUGAGUAUUCUGGAGUAUACACAAUGUACACACACUAACAAAUGUCAGUUCUCUUCAGUUGCUCUUUCACAACUUCAAACAAUGUGUGUGUGUGUGUGUGUGUGUGUGUGUGUGUGUGUGUGUGUGAGAGAGAGAGAGAGAGACUGUUUACUUGACACAAGGCUGUCAACAAAGGGGCCAGACUGUCACUGGUCAUUAGCCCGCCUCAUAUCGCGACGCCAGGCAGAGUAAAUGACACGGCGGCCGGCGUUAUCCCCAGUAAUGACGCUCAGCAUCCAUCAACUCCAGCAAUUCUCCCUCUGUCACUCCUCAUCAGGCCUCAUCCCGUAGCCAUGGUGCAUGCCCCCCCCCGCCCCCCGCCAGGGGAGAAAUCUUAUCAAUGCUGAGAGAGAGAGGAGAGGGAGAGGAUGACUGGGUGUUAUGAAUGGGGGGUGGGUAAGGUAUUUGCCAUGGAAUAGAGUAAACAACAAAUAGUAAAAGUGUGGUGAGGAAGACUGUGGAUGAUCACGUGAGACAGUACACACAUACACACACACUUUUCUUGCGUCCUUGUGUGUGUGUGUGGCACAGUUGAGUGCUCAGGCACAAAGCAGCGGGGGAAAUAACCUUCUGCUCACCCUAAUCACACAAACUGGGUCACCUCUAAAGCUGCCUUCUCCCCCGAGGACAAGAACAGUGACACUGGACUGCUGUCCACGUCACAUGGAUGCCCACGCACACACACACACACACACACACCCAGACACACACAUUCUCUCACUCACAAACAUACACACAUGCAUUCAUGCUGUAACAUGCAUUGGAUUUGUGGAACAGUGGCACACAAUGUGUAUGAGCUGUCUUUGGGUCUCCUGACUUGGUUAUGAAUGGCCUCUCAGACACAUUCAGUUUUCUCAUUGUGUGCCUGGCUGUUGUCAUUCUGGAAGGAGGUAGUAAAUGUUGGUUUUGUUUUUGUCCUGUAUUUCUGUAUAUACUCAUGAUACACGGAGAGACAAAAGACUCUUAAACUAAGAAUCCUUAAACUGGGCCAUGUUACUAAAGGUGAACAAGUAUACCCUCUUUUACCAUCAAGUAUUACAAACUUGUACAAAAUGGCAUAAUUGUAUCAUUUUCUUCAGUUUCAAAUAGCCUAGUCUUUCAUUUUCAGUGUCUUUACAACAGCUCAUAAAACAAUGAUCUUAGUAUCUCUUGUGAUUUGUAUAAUCUAUAGAAAAAACAUCUAUAGAUUAACAAUUUCUGCUGUUUACAGGGUUUCUUGUGAUAGGAAGAUCCGUAAGAAAAACAUUCUUUUGUAAAAAGGUUUUUAUUCAUUGUGUAAUAAAUGUUUUAAUAAAAUA